GACUGGUUGCGUCAUUGACAGCGAAACGUCUAGUACUUUACGGCAUUGUUGACAUGUCACCGGCCUUCGACUGGUCAUGGUAUAGUUUUACCCAGCAUCUUCAGAAACUAUAAAUGAGUGUAUUUGAUCUAUUUCGAGGAUUUUUUGGAGUACCUGGAGGUCACUACCGUGGGGAGGGCCGAAGGGACCCCUUCUUUGAUGGCAUGACCCAUGACGAUGAUGAUGACGAAGAGGAUGAUGAAGAUGGUGGAUUCUACCAUGAUGGUUUCAGGGGAGCUCAGCAGGACCCGUUUGAUGAUGCCUGGAGGUUUGGGUUCAGCUUUGGCCCCAAUGGCAUGAGGAUGGAUGAGCCACAGGUGUUCGGCGAGGUCUUCAGACAGAUGGAAGAGAUCUUCUCUCAGUUGGGUGGCUUGGACAGACAGCAUGGGGCGGAGAAUUUUGGUUUCCCCAGUAUUCAGUCGCCUCCCCCCCAGGACACGCCAGGAAGAGGGGGCAGCUCUAGUGGGAACACCCUAAGAGACUUCAUGCUGAAGUCCUCUGAUGACGCCCCACAACGGCCCCCCUCAGGACCACCACGAGAACCCAGGAAUGACGACAACCCUCCCUCUGGGUCCCCACACUACCCCAGCACACCGUUCAAGCACUGGACACCAUUCUCUAAGUUUAAUGACAUAUGGAGAGGGGGACCACAGGGAGGUCAAGAGGAGAGGAAAGAAGAUAGAGACCUCGACUCGCAAGUCUCCUCUGGAGGUCUGGAUCAUAUCCUAACUCCUCCACCGACUCGCACCCCCAGCCAGCCCAAAACCCGCUCCUUCUUCCAGUCAGUAACCGUCACCAAGGUGGUAAAGCCUGAUGGGAGUGUUGAGGAGAGACGCACAGUCAGAGAUGGCCAGGGGAAUGAGGAGACCACUGUGACCCGCUCAGGGGCUCCAGGCAGUGUGGAGGGAACUCAGGAUCAUCCUAGAGCUCAUCUACCUGGUGACCAACAUCCCUUUUCAAGUAUGCAGGAUGAUAUUUCUUUGUUUUCAAAGUUCUUUGGAGGCUUCAAGGGGUAAAAGGAAGCUGUUGAUUGUGAACUUGAUAUAAAAUCUUGCAAGGAUUUUCUGUUUUUGGCUUGUGUGUGAUAUUAUUGUUUAGUUAGACGUUAUAAAUUCAGUAAGGCUUGAAUCAAAACAGAUAUUUAUAUCGUCUCUUAUUAGGUCAACAAUGUGUUGAGAAUGACUGCCAAACAUCACAGAUAUUCUUAUGUAGAGAUGUAUGUGACAGUGGUAUUCACUUCUGAUCGCCAAAUGGGAAGUUUAGCAGCUAAUCACUGCUGAUAAUGCAGUUACCAACAUACAACAAAAGGCAUUAUUACCAGGUUGUUCACAAUACACAUUUAUUUUUGUAACAUUAUUUAGAUCUUGCUCUUUGACCAAUAAAGAAGCUUAAUAUA